AUGAAAUUGAACAUCGAUAAUAAUACACAAACUAUGGAUUAUAAUUCAGAAUAUGAAGGUUUUUCAGAUAAUGCCAUUAGACUAUUAAGUGCCCCAAAAGGUAAUUCAAAAUUAGCAAUGGCACAUUUUAUAGCAAUGUCAGAUUUAUAUAAUUCAAAGAAUAAUCCAAAUGGAUAUAUUAGUUUAGGUAUUGCAGAGAAUGUAUUAUCAUAUGAUAUAUUGAAAGAGAAAUUAAUAUUUGAAAGUGACGGCAAUGAUGGAAAAGAGAUAAUGGCAGCAGCAGCACCACUACAAAGUUUAACUCAAUAUAGUGAAAUAGGAGGUAUACCACAAUUAAGGGAAUUAAUAGCAAAAGAGUUAUUACAAAAUCAAAUUUUCAAAGGGUACAAACCAACCAAUGAAAAACUGUUGGUUAAAAAAGAGCAAAUAUUAAUAUCAGGUGGUGCAACACCAUUAUUAGAGAACAUUUUCAAUUUAUUUUGUAAUCAAGAUGAAAAGUGUAUUAUACCAUCGCCAUUUUAUCCAUCAUUCGUCUAUGACGCAUAUCAAAGAUUUGGUGUAAAAGUUAUCGCUGCAAAAUCGGAAAUUUUCAAAGACCCACUCAAUAAAGGUACUAGUGAAAUCAUAGAUUUCAAAUUAGAUUUAAAAGAAUUUGAAUCACUAUACAACCAAGGUGGUGUUAAAAUGGUACUACUCUGUAACCCAAACAAUCCAACAGGUUACAUCUUUAAACCAAGUGAAAUUAAAGAACUAGUUAAAUGGUGUAGAAAUAAAAAAAUUCAUUUUGUUAGUGAUGAAAUUUAUGCAUUGUCAGUAUUUGGUAGUGAAGAUGGUAGUGAUGGUGGUAAUGAAUUUAAAAGUAUUUACGAAAUACUUGAAGGUGAUUUAGGAGAAUAUGUACAUGUGUUGAAUGGAUUUAGUAAGGAUUUCUGUUUGAAUGGUUAUAGAAUCGGUUAUUUCUAUUCACAGAAUGAGACGGUUUUUAGAUACAUGUUAUCUACAAGUGCAUUUUAUAGUUGUUCAAAUAUCGCUCAAUAUACUGCUAUCAACAUUUUAAAAGACAGAGAAUACUUGGAACGAUUCAUUAAAACAAAUCAAUCAAAUUUAAAAGAAUCUUAUGAAUUUGCUUCAAAUUUAUUAAACCAAUAUUCAAUUCCAUUCAUUAAAUCAUCAAGUGGUGUCUUCCUAUCAUUGGAUUUACGUGCUUGUUUAAAAUAUUUACCAAAUGAUACUACUACUGAUGACGAUCAAGAUAAUACUGAUCCAUUCUCAAAAGAAAUUAAAUUGUGGGAAGAAAUUUUCAAAAAUAAAGUUUUCUUAAAUAGUGGUAAACUAUGUUAUUUUGAAAAACCUGGUUUCUUUAGACUAGUUUUCACUCUACCAAAAGAUUUCAUUGAACAAGGUAUUAAAAGAAUUGCUCAAGUUUAUAAUUCAUUAUUAAAUAAAUAA